AGGGACAUAAACCGAAGCAAUAUGGCGGCUCGUGUAUUGCCUAAGCCUAAAGGUGGACAAAAUGCUUUUCCAUACAGAAGAACACUAGACCACCUUAAAGCAUGGAGACUCUCUUUACCACCUAAGAUUAAAAAAGCAACAAUAAGCUAUAACCCUACUACUGAUAACCACACUGGAAUGAAGUUAUUUACAUAUCAACAUGUGCCACAAUUAAAAUAUAAUAAUCCAGACGUAUUGUUCAGUAUAGUUGAUACUAUAAAAGUGACCCAAUGCACAUUAAAACUGACUACCAAAAAAGGUCAACGCUUCAUUAUAAAUGGAGAGAACACAGAAUCAGUUGAAAUCAAAAGGAAACUGACAGAGAAACUCAAAGAGAUUACAGAAUGAAUUGAAUAACUGUUGAUAGAUUGUCAUAAUAAUAAUGUUUUAUAAGAAAAUGAAUGAUUAUAUAUAUUUAGUUAUAA